AAUGAACAUUGUUAAUAUUUUAAUAAUAAGACAGGAUGCGGUUACAAAAGAUAGCUUUACAAAGAAAGGCAAUAUCACUCAGUUCUGUUAUCGUCCCUCUCCAAGUUGAAAAUGGUCGCGAAUGCAAUGCAGGAUAUUUCUCUUCUUGCCUGUCCCAGACGCCGAUCUCUUAUCAGCAUCAGCGCAACAGAGAAGUUGAGCGGUAUAAAAAGAGCAGCACAAAACUGGGGGCAGACUUUACGCUUAAAGAAACAUAAGCGACUACAAUGGAGAAAACCGCAACGUUUGUCCUCUCUUUGUGGUUGAUCUUCAUGGCAGCAAGCUCCACUCAGGGACAGUCAGCGACUACAAGUGAAACAAGCCUGACCGAGAACCCCCAACAAGCUAGCUCUUCCCAAUCUACAGCGACCACGCCCACGCCCGGCCGUUCUUCUACUCACGACCACAAGGUUGAUACAUCAACGGCAGCAUCACACCUCCCAUCGUCCACCUCAGGAGGAUCAGCUAUCACCACCGCAUCAAGGCAGCCCGCAGUGUCCUCCGGAACCACCUCGAGCCCUGGAGUUACACCUUCGACCCCGGCGCCAUCCUCAAGUGGGACUGACUCUGCCAGACUCUCAGCCACAACAUUAAAAGCAGGGACUACUUCUUUGUUCAAAUUAUCUAGUCCAAUGCUGGUGUCUGUAAUCUCCAUUCUCAUCUGCAAUGCAUAGAAUGCUCGACUACUGGACUCUUGGAAAGGCUCAUAUUGUGAAAAAUGUUGAUGUGAAGGAAAAAGUAAUUCGUUAUUUUUCUGUUUCAAAUAAGAAUUUCAAAAAGUAUAUGAUUUGAAUAUGUGGGCAACCUUUCUGGUAGCAAAUAAAUGGUUAAUUAAAAUAAUUUACUUUGACGAUAAUUAUGUUUAUUAAAACUAUCCAUUUGUUUCUGCUUUCAUUAAAAUCGUUUGAGUCAAAUAAUUAUAGAAUUUUGAAAUGUACAGUAUGUGCAGGUUCUCUAAAUUCCAGGUGAAAAUUUUCAUAAUGAAAACUGUAUAUUAUGAAGUGUUGUAUCUCUGCACUGAUGUCUUUUUUGAUCACAGCAACAAUAGUAAAAAAAAAAGUGUUUGCAUGGUUUUUACGUAAUGUACAAAUAUGUUUGUAUUUAAAAUGGUUGAAAUAGUUCAUUUAUCCUAUCAGAUCAUCAUCAUCAUAUUACUAUUAUUAUUACUAUUGUUAUACACUUUAAUGUGUUCAAAAACACAAUCAGUACAGUACUUUUAUAUUACAUACACGUUUGCUAUAAAACAUCUACACAUCCCUGUUGAAACGCCAGGUUUUUGUGAUAUGAAAAAUGAUGACACCAUUAAUGUGACCUAUAACCUUUCCAACUUCAUUGAAAAAAGAAAAAAAGAAUGAAAUAUUUUUGAGAGGGUGAGUAAAAAUAACAAAAAAACUGAGAUAAUGUGAUUAUACAAAUGUGCACACCCUCUCAUAACUGGGGGUUUGAUUGUGUCCCGAAUUCUUCUUCUUUUCCUUUCGGCUUGUCCCUUUAGGGGUCGCCACAGCGCGUCAUCCUUUUCCAUGUAAGCCUCUCAGUGUCCCACUUCUUCUUAGCUAACCUUUUUCCUUGUAGGAUUUCCUGUACUGUGAGGUUCCACCACCAAGUCUCCUUCUCGUCUCUCCUGCCAGAAGAUACACCAAGUACUCUCUUGCCCGCCUCUCUGAUCACCUUGGCUGCAGUGGUCCAGCUCCUCCUGUCCACCGCGAGCCUGUCUCACCUCUUCCCGAAAAGCUGCACAACUCUCGUCCUGUCUCAGCUUCCACUACAUGGUUCUCUGCUCUGCCUUUGUCUUCCUAAUCUUCCUCCCCACCACCAGAGUCAUCUUACACACCACACACCCCUAUUUCCUUCACCAACAUGUCCAUUACAAUCUGCACCAAUCACGACUCUCUCUCUCUGUCUGGGAUGCGCAGAACUACUUCGUCUAGCUCCUUCCAGAAUUUCUCUUUCACCUCUAGGUCACAUCCUACGUGUGGGGCAUAGCCACUAAUCACAUUACACAUAACACCCUCAAUUUCAAGUUUCAGCCUCAUCACUCGAUCUGAUACUCUUUUCACCUCCAAGACAUUCGGAGCCAACUCUUCUUUUAAAAUAACCCCAACUCCAUUUCUCUUCCCAUCUACACCAUGGUAAAAUUAUUUAAACCCUGCCCCUAAACUUCUAGUCUUACUGCCUUUCCACCUGGUCUCCUGGACACACAAUAUAUCAACCUUUCUCCUAAUCAUCAUGUCAACCAACUCCCGAGAUUUUCCUGUCAUAGUUCCAACAUUCAAAGUCCCCACAUUCAGUUCUAGGCUCUGUGCUUUCGUCUUCUCUUUCUGCCGUAGAACCCGCUUUCCACCUCUUCUUCUUCUUCGACCCACAGUAGCUGAAUUUCCAACGGCGCCCUGCAGGUUGAGGGCGCCGGUGGCGGACGUUGUUAACCCAGGCCACGACCAAUCCGGUAUGGAAUUCUUUGGAUGAACGCUCAUAUUUGUUUGGCAAAGUUUUAAGCCGGAUGCCCUUCCUGACGCAACCGUCGGCAUUUAUCCGGGCUUGGGACCGGCCUACAGUUUGCACUGGCUUGUGCCCCCCGUAGGGCUGCAUUUGAUUGUGUCCAGAAUUAAUCAGUCAGCACACACCUGCACACACCUGCCACCAUUUAAAGUAUGCCUCUGAUUAAGCCCAAAUAAAGUUCAGAUGUUCUGAUUGGA